AUGUCUUUUUGCGUCCCCCCCUCCUCAUACUCCUUUUCCCAUGCUCCUUCGCCCCUGGCCGCUCCUCCAAAGCAGCCCUCCACCCCUCCUCCAGACCUGUACUCCUCAUCCUCCUACACCACCACCUCCCCCUGCAUGCCUCUCACGGCUGAGAGGGACACAUUUGCCGGGCGCCUCUCCAAGGCCCUGGAGACGGUCCUCCCCCUCCACACUGCCUCCCCGCAGCCCAGUGCCAGGCAGCGGAGGGCCAGCCUACCCGCCCUGUUCUCCACCCCUCAGCAUUCAAUGCCGCACCCCUACAGUGGAGGCGGAAGCACAGGAGGAGCAGGAGGGAGCAUCCCCCUCCAUACCCUCCCAGACCCCCCUACUAUUUUCUUCCCCUCCAUCCCCGAGCGGCCCAUAUCCUUCUCUCCUCCUCCCACUGGGGCCCCUAAGGCCUACAACACCCAGAGACGCAAGAGCACGUCCAUUCUGGAGGCACACACCCGACACUUCCAGCCUGCUUACCCUCGCUAUGGGAGCAGUCUGCAUCCUUUUUCUGGGAUGGAGGUUGUUGAGACCCCUCCUCUCUUUAUGGUCAAUCCCAGUUUUGCAGCAGCUGCUCAAAGGCUUGGUGUUGGAGAGCCGCUGCAUCUCCAAGGACAAUCUGACCCGAGCUUGUACGGCUACAAAGACAUGAGAGCAGAGCAUGAGGAAGCAGUGAGGAGACUGAGUCUAAAUCAAGCUGCCUUAUUGGACCAUUAUGAAGCCCUGGCAUAUGGAGGUUAUCCAAUGACUGCACACCAGCUAGGCCACUUGAGUUUCCAUCAGCAGAGGCAAGCAGCAGCCGCAGCUGCUAGCAUGGGGUACGAAGCUGUUCCUCCACCUCAGCCAGGCUUCUUGCACACGCAUCUCAUGCCAAGAAUGAGCACACACAGUCCAAUCACUCCACCUUUACCUCCCAUGAGUGGGCCCGCCGGUGGCUCUACGUCAUCCUCUGAUGGAUACUACCCUCCACCGCAACACGCUUCCUCUUCUGCUUUCCCCAUGUCCGCACCUGCAGUGAUGGCUGAAGCCCUGCCAUCAACUGGGAGUGUUUUUGAGUUCCAUUUAGCCGCAGCCGCCGCAGCUGCUGCUGCUGGAGACCCAAGCCUCCUGGCGUCCAGACUUUAUCGGGCCCGCAGGAGCUCCAUGGACCUCCCUCUGGAGGAGAACACUGGUACUGGAUCCGGAGGUUCAGGCACGUACAGUCGACUGCAGCCGGUGACAGAAGAGCUGUACUCGUACCUCAGCCCCGAGCUCCCCUUACCUCCAGGAAGUCUCCUCCUUCACCACAUAGGUAUCACUGGAAAAGACAGAAGCCCAGAUCCUUCUAGUGACUCGUUUGCCUCCUCUGACGCCGGAGAGUUCCAGUCCCCUCCUCCGCCUCUGCUCCCUCCCUUCGACUCCUCCGCUGCUCAGUCCAUCCCUCACUCAUCCUCCGCUGUGUUCUACGAUGCGCCCGGAGGACUGUUCCCUGUGGAUCCCCAGGGACAUCCGCCCUCCAUGCAGAGCUUUCUCCCUGCCACCCCAUCCACUGAGCUUGGGGGAGCAGCAUCCACCCAGCUGGAGUCUCUGAUCCAGAGUGCCUGGGCUCGGCAUGGAGGGGUGAUACCAGCCCAACCCGAUAUGACAUACCAUGAGUCAUUGCUGGCCAUGCAGGCCGCUAACCCCACUCUGGACCCCCGAUGA